GCAGUAAUAAUGUCUGGUGAAAUCAUCUACUCCGAUGUUACAUUCACUCGGCAUCAGAACCAAGAUACUGGAGCAGAAAGUGAAGUUUCUAAUGGAGUAGCCGAACGUGAAGAAGAUGUCACAUACUCUGAGGUUAGAAGACCAGGAGGUAGAGCUAGUGAGCAGGAGGAUCCUGGGAAAGGAAGGGACCCUUGCAAUAGUGACCCCACUCCCCCAGUGGGGUCAAAGGCUACAAUCCCUGAGGGAGGGUCUGGGAGAGUUCCCGUGGUGAUCCUGGUGUGUCUCUGUGUUCUACUGCUGGGCUUGGCUAUCACUCUGGGAGUCCUCUAUGCUUCCAACAUGACUAGUCUUCAAGCUGAAGGGGCUCGCUUUGCCCAGAUGAAAGGGAAUCUAACAGGAAAUCUGCAUGAACUACAAGACAGCUAUAAUAAGAGACUACAGAAUGAGACCCACAUCAUAACAGUCCAGAGAGAGCUGUUAUCCUCAGAGCUACAAGACUGUAAUGCCAACCUUACUAGGGUCAAAGAUCUCCUGGCAACCAUCCAAGGGAAUCAGAAGAGAUGUAAUACCAGUCAGCUGUGUUCUCCUGGCUGGGAGUUCCACAAUGGAUCAUGCUACUACUUCUCUAAAGACAAACUGACCUGGGAACAGAGUCAGUACGCCUGCAUCCACGAUGGAGGACACCUGGUCAUCAUAGAGAGUCGGCAGGAGCAGGAGUUUAUAAUAGAAAAAAUUGUGAGAAGCACUGAUCUUGGUAACAGCCCCUGGAUUGGACUGACAGACAAGAAGCAAGAGGGAGUGUGGGUCUGGAUGGACAAUACAACUCUAGAUGACAGCAUCAAGUUCUGGGACCCAAACACUGAAACAUUUUCAACCCGUCCAGAACCAAAUGACUGGGACCCAGGUGAAGACUGUGCCCGAAUGGGUCAAAGAUGUUCCAGUCGAAACAGAUGUUGGUUUGACUUUGCAUGUGACCAACCAUGUAGGAGAAUUUGUGAGAGUCGUGCAGUCUGUGAGAGACCUGCAGCCACUUCAUAGUGCUGCCAAAUGGAAUGUAUUGAAUUAGUAACCAGCACAAGGUACUGCAUUGUUGGGCAGUAUAAAGGGCCAGUUUCCCAGACACAGAUUAAACCUAGUCCUGGACUAAGAAGCAUAUUCAAUAGAUUCUCCAUUCAAAGUGUUUCUUAGUCCAGGACUAGGGAUUAAUAUGUGUCCAGGAAACCGACCUGAAAUGUCUCAUUUGGAUUCAUGGAGAGUACUAGCCAUACAAUGAAUAUACCAAGCACUGGAGUUGCACCCCCCCAUCCCCCCUUUUGCCCUCAGAACAGCCUCAAUUCAUCAGGAUGUGGACUCUAC